AUGAGCUACGACUACGAGCCGCGCGAGCGUAUGCGCCACUAUACGCGGGAGGAGACUCGCACCGAGCGAGGUGAUCCGCGGGCGUAUGCUGACGAAUCCUACCUGAAGCCACACCCCUCCCGCGAUUUGGUGCCCCGGAGGCGAGAAGACAGCGACAUGUCGGUUGAGGAUAUUCGCCGCGACUUCCCUCCCCCCGGCUACCGGGAUGCUCGCAGGACCCGCUCUGCAGAGCCUGGCUACUACGACGAUUACCGCGACGACCGAUCCCGGCGCGGCGACUACUACGGCGACCGGCGCAGCAGAAUGGGCGCUAAUGUCUACGGCGAGGAGGAAGAGGUCCGCUCCCGCAAGCGUGUUUUGAACCAGCAAGAGAAGAUCAUCGCCGCCGUUGCCGGUGCCGCCUUAGCUUUUGGCGGUAAGGAGCUGUACGACCGUCGCGACGCCAAAGAGCACGGCGGCGACGUCGAACGCAACUACUUGACCUCGGCUGCCCUCGGUGCUGCCGGUGCCCUCGCGGGCUACCAAGGUGCCGAGUUUUACAACAAACAGUCCAGCAAGAACGACAAGGCGCCACAAGGGCAACUCGUAGCCCACCGUGGCCGCGAUGGUCUCGUUCACGAGACGUACGUUGAGGAAGACGACAAGAAGGGCUCAAAGUCUUUCCUCGAGAACGCCCUCGCGGCUUCGGGCCUGGGAGCAGCUGUCAAGGCCCUCACCGGCGGUAGCUCAGACAACAAGGAUGACAACCGAAGCCGUGGCCGCGGCAGCCCUGAUCGAGCCUCACGAUCGGGCUCCAAGGCUGGCAGUGGCAAUGAGAGUCAGGUCGCCAAGGUGCAAAAGGCCGCCAUGGCAUCUCUCAUUGCCGGCGCCACCGAAGCAUUCCGCGUGGCCAAGGAACCUGGUGGCUGGAAGGGCGAGAAGACAAAGCGAAUCUUCACUGCCGCCGCUGGUGCUGCCGCAGUCGAUGCCGCUCAGGACCGCGAGAAGGGUAGCAAACUGGGUCUUGCCGAGUCCGUCAUCGGUGGUCUCGUUGGUAACCGCGUGAUCAACGGCUCCAAAGGCAACAUUGAGGCGGACGAGAAGACUGGCCGCAGCAGGUCUCGGUCUCGUGCUCGAUCGCGAUCUGGUAACGACCAGGGCAGCAGCGGCGUGAGCGGUCUGGCCGCCUUGGCAACUGCUGGUCUCGGAGCCCUUGGUGCCAAGAAGGCCAUUGAACACCACAAAGAAAAUAGGUCGCGAAGCCGUGGGCGCAGUGCCGACUCGUUCGACAGCCGCGACAACGAUCGGCCCCGCGCGCGCAGCCGCAGUCGAAGUGUCGUCGACUCAGCGCGAAAGAAGCUUGCUAAGUUCGGAAUCGGCAAUGGACCCGACGACAGGGAUGGCGACAGAGAUUCUCGACGUGAUGACAGCCUGCACGACGACAGAAACUCGCGUCGGGGGCCGAGACGGUAUUCUGAUGAUCCCUACGAUGACGACUACGAUCGGGGCUACCCGCCGCCCCACGGGUCUCGCGACUACAGAGACCAUCCCAGGGACCCCCGAGACGCCAGGGACCCCUAUGACGACGACAGGUCAUACGCCAGCAGCCGACGCAGAGACCGCUCCCGCAGGCGAUCUCGGUCGAGCGCGUCAGGCUCGGAUUUGGGAGACUCGGACGAUGAUCUGAAGACAUCGAGAAGAAUGAGAGCAGCCGUGGCCACUAUUCAUGCAGCGAACGGAGUCUAUCAGAGUAUGGCGGCAAGGGAAGCGCGGCAAAAAGCUGUCAAGGAGGGUCGCUUGAGUCCAGAGGAAGCCAAGAAGCUCAAGGCCAAGGCCAUGUUGCAAGAUGCUGCCCAGAUCGGUCUCGCCGGCCUGGGUAUUAAGGGCGCAAUGUCACAGCUCAAGACUGCCAAAGACAAGCAAGCCGAGUGCAAAGACUGGGAACACCAGCGAGAGCUCAGACACCAGAAGCGACUGGAACGCCAAGGCCGAUCACUCGACAGCCGUGGCAGAAGCAGGGCUGACGACUGGUAUACUCCAGUUUCUCCGCAAGGGGACCGGUAUGACUACGGACCCCAGUACCUAGACGGCAACCCCUAUGCCGCUGGCUCCUUGCCGGCGCCUCCUGUGGGCUACGACGAUCGGUACGACAGGAGAUAA